AUGGCGUUGGCUGCUUGGGAGAACUGGGCUGGCACACUGCGCGUUCGCACUCAAGUGCACCGCCCCAAGGACAUUGAUGACGUUGUGAGAUGUGUCAGAGGUGCGCGCCGUAUCCAUGUUGUUGGGGCUGGCCACUCGUUUGCCUAUCCGACUGGACCGCCAGAAUUUCAAGGAAGUGAAUCGGUUGAUUCUGAUUUCAGACUGCUGGACCUCACGGAGUCGAUGAAUAAGGUUAUCUCGGUUACACGGCAUGGAGAUUCUUGGUCGUGCGAAGUGCAGGCUGGAUGCACACUGGGGCAUUUGGCAACUGAGCUUGAAAGGCAUGACCUGGCACUUGAAACUGUUCCAUCUUUGCUCUGCGUCACCAUCGCGGGCGUCGUCCUUUCUGGUACGCACGGGUCUGGAUUGGACCGGAAGGUUUUUGCUGAUUUGGUUGAAGACAUGACUUUGGUCAAUGGCAAUGGAGAUUUGUGCGUGCUUACUAAGCCUGCGGACUUCCUGCACCUGGGCCUCCUUGGCGUCGUCACUCAACUGACGAUCAGGUGCGUACCUUUUUAUAAGGUGCAGCAGUUGGUGUAUGAAGAUGUGCCUCUGUCGUCCUUCCUCAUGGAUUGGCGCCAGGUGGUUGCAUCUGGUGACAGUGUGGCAUUGUGGAUCGAUCUCUGCAGCGGGACUCUGAAGGUGUGGGUGCGAAAUCAGUUGUCCGUAGACCGAUGCGCUGAGGCAGUCACCAGCGGAUGUUAUCAUUCAACGCUCAUUGCGAUGGGUGGUUCCUUGCGCUUAGAGCCCAUGCGCAUUCUCGAAACGGACGCAUUUGUUUCCACGACCAAGGUCGGUUCUUGGCACGAGAUAUUGCCAUACUUCCCUGUCGGGGUGGACCUCACACAUCCAGUGUCUGUGCAAGCCGAGUUUUUCGUGGCCCUGUCUGAUUUCCCUGCAGCCAUUGCAGCUCUUCGUGCGCUUCCACGCCUGAGCGAACUUCUGCCGCAGGGCUCCGAGGUUCGGUUUGUUCGGGGUGACCGCUUCGCUCUGAGUCCUUGCCACGAGCGCUUUUCGCCCGCAGAGCCUCUGUAUGCUUGCAUCCAUUUCACGCUCUUGAACGAUCCCCUGAAGGUGCCUCAUAUCGUUGCUGCAGUGGAGAAGGCUUUGCGCCCUUUCAGCGCCAGGACAGAGGCGCUCCGCGUGUACAGCCUCGCUGUCUGCUCCCAUCUCCAGGCCCCCGACCGAUGCAGGUGCGAGCAGGGGCGCAACGCCGACCUGAUCCUCGAGGACCUGAUGUGGCUGCGUGGCCUCGGCGCGGCGCCAGCCUUCCUGGCGGGGGACCUGAACUGCAGCCUGGAGGCCGUGGGCCUCUCGGGAGUGCUGGCCGUGGCGGGUUGGCGCGACCUGCUGGCCGCGGAUGCGCUUGCCCCUGUUUGGGAACACGUCAUGGAUAAGAACGGCAUCCAGUACUCGUCGACGGACACCCGCGCGGGCGUCGACGUCGACCAGAUGCUGGACUACAGCGAAGCGCUGAUUGCGCCGAUGUGCAUAGACGAUCGUGGGGGGUAUUUCGAUCACUUGGACGUCGCCGCCGCGGUGAACGACAUCAUGACUUCUAAGAAAUGGGUGUCCCAGAGUCGGCGGAUCGCCAGGACACUAGGCCUCGCGUUCGAGUCGAUGUCCGAGCUCUUCGCUCUGAAGUUGCGGGUCAUGUGCGCCCACGUCAGAACCAAGUUCAAGGAUUGCCAUUGUGUGAUGACUGCCCAGUCUGUCAUAUGA